UUGUCAUAGUGAUGGUGAACAUAUGAUUGUCAGUUUUUUGGGUUUUUUGGGUUUUGCUGUUUUUGAUUGUUAAUUGUUUAUUUUUGCCGAUUUAAUUAUUGUUUUACAACUCGCCCUUAUAAAUUGAGCAAUGUUUGCUAUUGUAGAUGAAAUUGUUACACGUUUAUUGGAUCAUCGUUGUUUUACAUCAGGUGAAUUGAAAUUUUUUACUCAACAGUUUGAAGAGACAAGAAAUAACCAUGAGGUUAAACAAGUUGAUCAAAUUGAAAAAUGUAUCAAAGAUCUUAGUGAGAACGACUUACCAAUGGCCAAGGAUAAAUUAGAGAAAAGCAAUCUAUUUGAAAUUGAACCUAACAUUGACGAUUUAUUGGAGCAAGCCACGGAAUUGAUUGACAUGGAACACAAGGAGGAGAAAAGACGGAAUCGUAAGCUAGCUGAGAUAAUCAUCAAGUACGAAGCAGAAAAAAGUCUAGUGAUUAAAGAGACUCAAACAAAAAUAGCUGAUUUGGAUACAAUAUAUGCAGACAAAGCCAAUGAUUUGAAGAAAUAUUAUAAAGAGUUGGAGGCGAAAUGGAGACUGGAUAAAGUGCAAUGAAUAUCCAACUUUAGGGUUCAUGAAAACAAUCAGCGAUCCGGUUUUUUCCUCCCAUUUUGUUGCAAAGGUCUUAACGACUCGAAGUUAUUAUCUUCAUUCUAACAUUUCUUACCGCUUUGAUGGAUACACAAGUAUUAUAAUCUUCACCAAGCUCGUGUCAAGAUGUUCUGAAAUUUAACAGAAGAUGUUAUCACUUAUACUAUUCUGAUAGCUCUUUAUUAUUUUUUUACGUUUUACUAAAAUCUAAUAUUUAAUGUAAAAAUUUUCUUUAAUACAAAUUGGUCACAAAUUUA